AUGCCUAUCAGACACAGAGUCGGCACCGGUCGCGUCAUUCCCACGAAAUUCAAGCCCCCCCAUCCAGAAGAUACACCCAAGCAACUGUUCCCCGUCUCGACAAACAUGGCAGCCACUCCGCCCGUCACUCGUUUCAUCCGUCGAACAGAUAAAACACAACUCCUCAUCUACACGGACGGAGCGUGUCUGGACAACGGCGGAACGAACCCACGAGCCGGAUGUGCCUUUGUCUUCAAGCCGUCCACCACGAACCCGCGAUCAGAUGGGUAUACACAUUUCGCGCUGGAAAGUAAGGGACCAACAGGCGACCCGUCCCCGCAGACGAGCAAUCGCGCCGAACUGCGCGCGGUGAUAGGCGCUCUACGCUUCCGUGCCUGGGAGGGAGAAGGAUUCAAGAGUCUCGUCAUCGCCACGGACUCCGGAUACGUUGUCGAUGGGAUCACAGAGUGGGUGCGCGGGUGGAUUCGCAGGAGGUGGACGACUAGCAUGGGGAAACCGGUGAAGAACCAGGAUCUGUGGCAGUGUCUCUUGGGGGAGAUGGAGCGUUGGGAUGAAAGGGGACUGCAAGUGCUCUUCUGGCAGAUUCCACGCGACCUCAACGGCGAGGCGGAUCGGUAUGCGAAAGAGGGGGCACAGGAGGAACAACCGGAGGAGUUUAUGGAUAUCAGUGGUGUCCUUGUUUGA